AUGAAACGACAGCAGAGAUAUUGUGCUUGCUCAAACGCGAAAGCUCGCUGUUCAUCUGCUACAGAGGGAAUAAAGGUUCCAUUUUUUCUUUCUGGUUGGAGAUUGCAGUCGGAGAAAGAGGAUGAGCCGUGUGUGAUUACUGUGAAUUGUCCGGAUAAGACUGGUUUGGGUUGUGAUCUUUGCCGGAUAAUACUCUUUUUUGGACUCACCGUUGUUAGAAUUGAUGUAACAAAAGUUCUCUGUGAGCUCGAGCUUACAAUAGAGAGAGUGAAGGUCUCAACAACUCCGGAUGGAAAAGUCAUGGACCUCUUCUUUGUAACCGACACAAGGAAACUUCUGCACACAAAAACGAGAAAAGACGACACUUUCGACCAUCUAAAAGCAAUUAUUGGAGAUGCAAAUAUCAGUUGCGACAUAGAGCUCGUGGGCCCCGAGACCGUGUCCUCUUCUUCUCAAGAACCCUCGUUUGUUUCGGACUCGAUUGCCCGACAAAUGUUCGGUAUGGAGAAUCCGAACGAAAAUAGAGUCGAUUCAGUUGCAUUCAAAUGCCCAUCAAUCACAAUUGAUAACUCGUUGAGUCCUUCCCACACGCUCGUCCAAAUCAUUUGCGAGGACCAUAAAGGCCUUUUGUACGAUAUCAUGCGCACAUUGAAGGAUUACAACAUACAGAUUUCAUAUGGUCGACUCACAAAGAAAGGUGAAACGGAAUGCGAGCUCGACUUAUUCAUCAUGCAAGAAGACGGUAAGAAGAUAGUUGACCCAAGCAAGCAGAGCACUUUGACCGCCCGUCUCGAAAUGGAGCUCAGCCGACCCCUAAGAGUGGGCCUGAUCAGCCGUGGGCCUGAUACCGAGCUUCUGGUCGCGAACCCCAUCGAGCUAUCGGGAAAAGGCCGCCCUUUAGUUUUCCACGAUAUAACACUCGCUCUCAAGUUGCUUAACAAACCAAUCUUUUCGGCUUUUUUCCUAUGGAUCAACGAUCACAUUGUGGGUCUGAUUUUCACAGAACCGAAAUGGCGAAAAGUUGUUGUGCCUAUAAUGUUUGAGGAGAAAGUAGCUGGAUCGAAUGAGGUCGAAAAACAACGAAUUUGUAUGGCAAAGAAAGAUUAG